GGGAGGCGAACCCAUCUUGGUGGCGCAUCGACGGCCGGACUCCUUUGUGAACAGCCAGGAGUGGACUCUCAGCCGCUCAGUGCCGGAACUUAAAGUGGGGAUUGUGGGUAACCUGUCCAGCGGGAAGUCGGCCCUGGUGCAUCGCUACCUCACGGGGACCUACGUGCAGGAGGAGUCCCCGGAAGGCGGUCGAUUCAAGAAGGAGAUCGUGGUGGACGGGCAGAGUUACCUCUUGCUGAUUCGCGAUGAAGGGGGACCCCCCGAGCUGCAAUUUGCCGCCUGGGUGGACGCGGUGGUCUUCGUCUUCAGCCUGGAGGACGAGAUCAGCUUCCAAACGGUCUACAACUACUACCUGCGCCUCUGCAGCUACCGGAACACUUCGGAGGUGCCGAUGGUGCUGGUGGGCACACAAGAUGCCAUCAGCGCCACCAACCCCCGGGUGAUCGACGACUCCCGGGCCAGGAAGCUCUCCAACGACCUGAAGCGUUGCACCUACUACGAGACGUGCGCCACCUACGGGCUGAACGUGGAACGCGUCUUCCAGGACGUGGCACAGAAGGUGGUGGCCUUGAGGAAGAAGCAGCAGCUGUCCAUCGGGCCCUGCAAGUCGCUGCCCAAUUCGCCCAGCCACUCCUCCGUCUCGGCCGCCUCCGUGCCAGCCGUCCACAUCAACCAGGCUGCCAACGGGGGUGGGGCCUUCAGCGACUACUCGUCCUCUGUGCCCUCCACGCCCAGCAUCAGCCAGCGGGAGCUGCGGAUCGAGACCAUCGCGGCCUCCAACACCCCCACCCCCAUCCGCAAGCAGUCCAAGCGUCGCUCCAACAUCUUCACAUCUCGGAAAGGUCCCGAUAUCGAGCGGAAGCCCCCAGAGAGUAAGGCGGACACGAUUGGCAGCGGGCGGGCCAUUCCCAUUAAGCAGGGAGUGCUCCUGAAACGCAGCGGGAAGUCCCUGAACAAGGAGUGGAAGAAGAAGUACGUCACCCUCUGUGACAACGGAGUCCUCACCUACCACCCCAGCCUCCACGACUACAUGCAGAACGUCCACGGGAAGGAGAUCGAUUUGCUGAGGACGACAGUAAAAGUGCCCGGCAAGAGGCUCCCUCGGGCAGCCACCACCGCCGUCCCCGCUGCCUCGGCCCCCAGUGCCAGCCCCAAGACCAACGGCUUGGCCAAGGAGAGGAGUGCCCUGCCCUUCCCUGGCGGAUCCAGUGCCCCCCAUUCGGCCAGCAGCACCUCCCUGCACUCGGAGCGCUCGGGCAGCGGCACCAACCUGGGCGCCUUCAGCCUGAAGCCGGAAGGCAGCGGCAUUCACCAGCGGUCCUACUCGGUCUCCAGUGCUGACCAGUGGAGCGAAGCGGUGGCGAUGCCCGGGGCCACGGCCAGCGUGGCCAACGGUGCCAGCGACUCCCUCACUUCCAGCCCCAACGUCUCCAGCACUGCCAGCCCCAAGUUGGAGCCGCCGCCCUCCCCUCAUGCCAACCGGAAGAAGCACCGUCGGAAAAAGAGCACGGGUACGGGCCGACCCGACGGGGCGGGCAGCGUGGCUGAAGACCAAGAGGAGAGCUUCGAGUUCAUCGUGGUCUCCCUGACUGGACAGUCGUGGCUCUUUGAGGCCUCCACGGCCGAGGAGCGGGAGCUGUGGGUGCAAGCCAUCGAGAGCCAGAUCCUGGCCAGCCUGCAGGGCUGCGAGAGCAGCAAGCACAAGUCGCGGCUGGGCAGCCACAGCGACGCGGUCGCCCUCCAGUCCAUCCGCACCGUCCGGGGCAACGGCUUCUGCGUAGACUGCGAUGCGGCCAAUCCUGACUGGGCCAGCCUGAACCUGGGGGCCCUCAUUUGCAUCGAGUGCUCCGGCAUCCACCGCCACCUGGGCACGCACCUCUCGCGCGUCCGCUCCCUGGACCUGGACGACUGGCCGCUGGAGCUGGUGACGGUCAUGACGGCCAUCGGGAACGCCCUGGCCAACUCGGUCUGGGAAGGCGCCACCAAGAGCUACUCCAAGCCGGGCCCGGAGAGCUGCAGGGAGGAGAAGGAGCGCUGGAUCCGGGCCAAGUACGAGCAGAAGCUCUUCCUGGCCCCCCUGCCCCACUCGGACGUCCCCCUCGGGCAGCAGCUGCUGCGGGCAGUGGUGGAGGACGACCUGCGGACGGUGGUGCUGCUCUUGGCCCACGGCUCCAAGGAGGAGGUGAACGAGACCUACGGCGACGGGGACGGCCGGACGGCACUGCACCUGUCCUGCGCCAUGGCCAACGUGGUCUUCACCCAGCUGCUC